AUGUCCGCGUCCGUCGCGUCGCCAUCGCGCGCGUGCGCGCGAUGGUGCGCGUCCACGUCCGCGACGCCGCGUCCGACCGCCGCGCGCGUCGCGUCGUCGCGUCGCCGCCGCUCGUGCCGCCUCCUCCUCCGCCACGAGGAGACGCAACGCGCCGCCGUCGCCGACGACGCGAACGCCGACGAGACCGCAGCCGCCGCGGAGGAAGAAGAAGAAGAAGAAGACGACGACGACGACGACGACGCGCGCGAGGAGGUUCGCUCCUUGCUCAGCAACGUCUGCGUCGUGCUGUGCCGCCCGCAAGGCCCGCAGAACAUCGGCGGCAUCGCUCGCGUCCUCAACAACUUCGGCAUCGCGGACCUGCGCAUCGUCACCCCGGAGCCGUCCGCGCUCGCGCCGCCCUACGACGCCGCGGACGCGACGACGGACAAGGCGACGCACCCGGCCGAGACCCGCGCGACCGCGCCGCUGGCCGAAGAAGCGCACAAGUUCGCGGUGCACGCGGACUGGCUCCUUCGCGACGCGAGGCGAUGCGUCGACGCCGCGGAGGCGCUGUCCGAUUGCGUCUUCGUCGCGGCGACGACGGCGCGCGCGCGAGAGAACCUCCCCAUCCUCGACGCGCGUUCCGCGGUCGAGCGCGUCAAGGUGGCCGCGAGCGAGGGGAAGGUCGCGAUCGUGUUCGGGAACGAAGCGACCGGGCUCACGAACGAGGAGCUGUCGCUCGCGAACGUGGGGGUCAUGAUCCCGACCGCGGGGCGCGCGGGCGCGGGCGCGGGCGGACGGCGCGGCGAGAAGAGGUACACCGGAGGCGCGGGGCCGACGUCGCUGAACUUGUCGCACGCGGUCGGCGUCGUCGCGUACGAGCUGUUCCGCGAGCUCGGCGACGGCGUCGUGAGCGGGUUCAACAGCCGGCUCAUCACGACGGAGGAGCGGACGAGGCUGGCGGAGGAACUCGUCGCGGCGCGGCGAUCGCUCGACGUCCUCGCGUCGUCGUCGUCGUCGUCGUCGUCGACGUCGACGGACGGCGAAGAGGACGAAGAGAAAGAGGAAGGAGAAGCCGCGCUCCUCGCGGAGAAGGAGCGGCUGCUCGAGGAGAAGGAAGCGCGCGCGUUCGCGCGCGUCUUAAACGCCGGGCCGAUCGCGAGCAAGGACGCGGCGGCGUUUUUCAACCUCGCGCGGCGGACGCGCGGCGCGGCCAAGUUUAGCCGAGCGGACGACGCGGUGGUCGCCGCCGCGAGAGAGGUGUUCGACGCCGCGACCGCGAGUGGUGGCGGGAACGAUGUCGGGACGAAGCGGCUGUCGAAUCACGUGAGGGAGAGGACGGGGCUGAGUCUGUCGCUGAGGGAGCUGGACCGCGUGGCGAGGGCGGCGAAGAACGCGAGCGCAAAGAAGACCUGACGACGUCUUGGCUGGACCAGAUCGAUAUCGUAUCACAUUUUGCGUCGAAGAGUCAG